ACAAAGUAAUGACGUCAAAAGAUAUAAUUUGAAUUGAUAAACUUAUUCUAGUGAGUAACUUUAACGCGAAUGUUUCCACUAUCGUAGUACUUUUCGUAAACGAAACAUACAUACAUAUGUUAUUAUGAUUCAACUUAUCGUUAAUACUAAUUCUAGGUUUGUAACGAAUAUAAAAAUCAGAUAAUAACCAAAAUAACGACUCUAAAUAUUCUAAUAAAGCCCCUCUUUGAAGAUAUUGUUAUCUUCUAAAAUAUUUUCAAUAAAAAACAUUUCACAGCUGAUAAAAACACGAAGUAAGAAAUAAAAUUGAUAAAAGUGCAUCAUGAAUUACUUUCAUUUCGCUUCACCGAUCAAUUUUAAUCACGAUAAUGCUAUUACUACCAUAUUUCCUGCAAGCCUUUUAUGUUACGAAACACCUUCCGUUAGUGGGUUGUAUUAUUCUUUUGCUUCAGAUGAUUGAAUUAGAUUUGAGUAGAAUUGAUUGAAUUUCAUUAUUAUUCAACAAACGAUAACAUUUACACUUUUUACGAUAACAGAUAUUUGUCCUUCAGGACAGUAUAAAACACGAUUUCAAAGGCGAAUGUAACUUUCGUAUAAAAAAUACAGUUUCGCUUGCGUCGUGAAGAAUCGAAAUAUCUACAUAAAAAAUUACUGAAAGCCAUAUUGUUUUAGCUCAAGUUCUUAAAAUGUUUAAUCGAUCAACGAAAUUCGAGAGAAGAUCAGUUAAAAAGUGUAAAUCAUGGUCGUUGUAUUUCGGUAGUUACAUAUCGUUAAUAAGCCCUACUGCUUCCAUCAAUCGUUUCAUGGGAUUUUUGCCAUGCAAACUCGAAUCAUCGAAACUCGUAUACUCGAAAUCAUACUCCGUUUUCUCUACAAUCUCUAUCAUUAUUUAUUUGACCUGCGUAUUUUUCUCUUUGUACGAAAUAAACGUUGUUUCAAAGAAUUUGUUGACAGUGGCAGCUAAAUUGCAUGUCAAUUUAAUAUUAUGCUGCGGUUCCAUGAUUUUCAUUAUAAAUUAUGUUAAAAGUAGGCCAAUGAUCCGAGUGAUGAAUCGCGUCUCGAACGUUUCUCGUAUACUGCCUUCAGAAAUUUUUUGCGAAGUGGCUACAAGAAUUCUGAUAAAAGAUACUCUGUUCCUGAUGCCACUAGUGAGCUACAUCCCACACAUCAUCUACUUUUACAGAAAUUAUAUUUUUGGUUACAUCAGUUGGUAUACUUUUUUCGGUGUCAUCGUACUGACUAGCUUGUACACGAACAACGUGUAUGUGCUAAAUGUCUGUUUUAAAUACAUAAAUAAUUCUUUAGCGAAAGUGAAGGAAAUUCUAGUCAAUGAUGAACCUCAUCUACUCAGAAGAGUCUAUCACAUGCAGAAGAAUACUAUGUUGUUGACGAAGCUGAGGACUCUUAAACAGCAACAUCUAGAGAUGAGCGAAGUUGUUCAGCUACUAAAUAACACGUGUAGCAUGCAGAUCGAAGCUAUGUUCACAAUAAUGUUCAUCGACAUUACAUUCAAUAUGUACCACUAUUUAGUCUUGUUCAACGAAGUAGGCAAGAUGAGAUCGUUCUCUUUUGCUCCUAUCUUCGCAAUUCUUUACAUCGUACACAUAAUUAUAACAGUUUCGAUAGUUGAAAUUACCAGAAGCCAAAUGGCAAAAAUUGGCUCCAGCGUUCAUCGAAUUCUUGUACAUACUUUCGACGAUCAGGUGACGACGGAGUUGGAGUUGUUCUCGUUGCAAGUGCUACAAAAGGGUAACGCGUUCGUGAUGAAGGGGCUCGCAAUAGAUGCAACCCUUUUGGCAAAGGUAAUAGGAAAUUGGAUCAAAAGAGAUGAAAUGUUUUUAUCAACACCUUUUACAGAUGGCAUGCGGCAUUACCACUUUGUUGUUAAUAUUAAUACAAUUCUUAUUCGUCCAAUCUUGUUGAAGAAAAACUUCUGGGUUAAUGAAUGAAAUAUGUUUAAGAAAUAAUUUGCUU